GAAACUCUGAUUCUGGAUCAGCUAAACUGUGUUUCAUUGAUGCGUUCGGGUGAGGUUUAGAGGUGGGUGAACUGAUCCUGAUACGGAUAGCUAUUCCAGGCAGAAUUGGUCUGAUUGAGUGGGAGGGCUCCUACCCGGAAGCUGACCAUCAGCUGCUCUGUAAAUUGAUGAACACGCAGGCCGAGAGCAUAGAUAAAUUCAGAUUCGUGGUUUACACACCUUCCCUUCGCUUUCUUUUUUAUUCGUCCAUUUAUCACCGGAAUGGACGAGACGAGCCCGCUAGUCUCCCCACUGCGGGACUCCCACGAUUUCUCCCACUGUCCCACUGAGCCUCCGAGUCCCCGGGGCGCUUUCGGAGGGACGCCGGGGUCCGUGGUUCGUGUGCCUGCUGGAAGCCCUGGACGCAACCGAGAGCGACAGCCCCUGCUUGAACGGGAUAGAGGAAAUUCUCCGCGAGACCCCCAUAGUAACGAGUUUCCAGAAGAUCCUGAAUUUAGGGAAAUAAUCCGAAAAGCAGAACGUGCUAUAGAAGAAGGAAUUUUCCCAGAAAGAAUCUACCAAGGUUCCAGCGGCAGCUAUUUCGUUAAAGAUUCGCGGGGGAAGAUCAUCGGCGUGUUCAAGCCCAAGAACGAGGAGCCGUACGGUCAGCUCAACCCCAAAUGGACCAAGUGGCUGCAGAAGCUGUGCUGUCCGUGCUGUUUCGGGCGGGACUGCCUGGUGCUCAACCAGGGCUACCUCUCGGAGGCCGGCGCCAGCCUGGUGGACCAGAAACUCGAGCUCAACGUCGUCCCCAGGACCAAGGUAACCCAUCUUGCUAAUGUCUCUGUUCAUUACUGAUGUCUAGCUGUUAGCUAUGGUAACUCUGUCCUUUUGCCAUCUCUCUACUUCCUGUAGGUGGGAUCUUUCCAAAUAUUUGUAGAAGGGUACAAAGAUGCAGAUUUCUGGUUGCGGCGUUUUGAGGCCGAGCCUCUGCCAGAAAACACCAACCGCCAACUGCAGCUACAGUUUGAGAGGCUGGUGGUUCUGGAUUACAUCAUCAGAAAUACUGAUCGAGGGAAUGACAACUGGCUUGUAAAAUAUGACUGUCCAAUGGAUAUGGGAGGCGCUCGGGACACUGACUGGGUGUUGGUGAAGGAACCCAUUAUCAAACUAGCAGCCAUAGAUAAUGGCCUGGCCUUCCCCCUCAAACACCCCGAUUCCUGGAGAGCCUAUCCAUUCUACUGGGCCUGGCUGGCCCAGGCCAAAGUUCCCUUCUCUCAAGAAAUCAGGGACCUGGUCCUGCCCAAAUUCUCAGACCCCAACUUCAUCAAAGACCUGGAGGAGGAUCUGUACGAGCUCUUUAAGAAAGACCCCGGGUUCGACAGGGGACAGUUCCACAAGCAGAUUGCUGUGAUGAGAGGCCAGAUCCUGAACCUGAGUCAGGCCCUGAAGGACGGGAAGACGCCCCUGCAGCUGGUGCAGAUGCCCCCCGUGAUCGUGGAGACUGCGCGGGCCCCCCAGCGGGCCAACAGCGAGUCCUACACGCAGAGCUUCCAGAGUCGAAGGCCCUUCUUCACCUGGUGGUAGCGAGGGUGCGUGGGGGCUCCCCCUGCAGGGCAGAACGGUGGCUGCGCCCUCUCCGGGCAGCGUGGGCAGGAGAGAGGGAGAGAACUGCGGGACGGCUCUCCCUUUUGCGCCUUGUGCCUUCCUUUUUGCGUAAAAGGUGAGGAGGAAGAGGGAGGAAGAGUUAAAGAGGCCGACACCCUCUCCGCAACAUGCGCACACACACACACACUCUCGGACUGAAACGCACACAGACACGGACGCAUUUCCUGGCUGAAACCCUGUAGUUCUCAACAGGGCCUGUUUACAUUCCCAGAGAUCUCCAGGUUAUGAAGCAAAAAGUUUACCUUUUCAGUGCAAUCGCAAGAGUUGCAGUAGCCCCCCUGCGUGCAUGUCUCCUGUUGGCUGGCUUGCCUCGAUACCAGAUACCAACUCAACCCUUCUGUGACGCUAGCCAAUCACAGGUCUCUUAAGAUGGUGGGGAAGAGGCAGGGGCACCAGUAGGCAAGCAGUCCGGAUGGUUAUGUGGAGGCGGAUUCUUCUAGAAUGACUGCUAAGCCCUGAACAGGAAGCGCUUACUCGCCUGCUGGGGGAGGGCUGCAUGCAAAAGCCCCAGUCGUGUGGUUGUUUUCUGUGGAAGUUGAUUGUGCCGUUGUACGGGCAUGAGAGGCGUGCCAUGCGAUGCCAGACUCAACGUUAGGGCCUUCAACUCAACACUGGCGCUCAUCCUGCUGAUUUCAAAAUGGUUUCCUUUCAUUUUUAAAGACUGUCAUGGACUUGCUGAUCACCGAGACUGAGGAACGGGCAGACGUUCUUCCAAGACGUGCAUAGAUUAAAAAGAGUUUCAAUUGAAAUGCCAAAAAAAUAAAGUUACAUUUAUGUUCCAGGGAAAUUUAUAAUGGCUUCAUUAGGCAGUGAGGCUAAUUCUCUGGAAAGAUGCCUUUUGCUAAGUAUUUAAAAAAAAAAAAAACCUAUCAAACGGAGAUGGUCACAAAAUUUGACUUCGAAAGACUUGUAGGAUAUAAAUUAUUUAAUGGAUAAACCGGUUUGCAAAGCUCAUUACCUCACUAUACUCAUGAAUAGGUGGUUAAUAAACGGUCCACUGGGCACAAUUAAAAUGGGUCCUAAUGUAUGUGGCUGGAAUAACCUGAGGCUCAGUUGGGUGAAUUAAAUGUUCUAGGUACUCCAGUUGCCCCCCCUCUGUAGUGCUCAUUGCUGGGACCUCCGCCGUUGAUUUGGCAGAGCGCCAGCAAAGAACAUGCUCUCCUGUAUAGUAUGCAAUACCGUGCGCUACUUAUAAAACUGUGGCUUGCAAGUCGGAGGAAUGAGUGGAGAUGAGUUGGGAGAACACUUAAUGUACAGCUUAUCAUGGACUUGCAGGUGCCCGAUGGACCAGCAGGGGUCACUAGAGAGCGAGGAGACGCCGAUCCCUCCCUAACCCUGGGCAACGCUGCCGCCAAUGACGCAUUUCCUUAUGAGGCCCUCGGCCACAGUCAGCGCUGGUGUGGUCUGGUUUCGAAAUGAAUUCAAUUAAUUUAGCUUCUCAUGAUGCUCUCUGUUCUGAGUUACCUGAGUCCUGUUCUUCUUAGUCAUGCAGUAAUAGAGUUGGUUUCCUGUGCAGGGUUCUGUAAAAGGUCGUGGGGAGCCUGGGUCUUACCACACCGUUGGCAGAUUUCCGCCAUAAUGAAACACACCUAUGGCCCUUACUGAGAGAGGUCUGUCUGUCCCCUUCCUCUUUUGAAAACCGUCCUCUCUGAUUCAGUUACUCUUUCGUCACUGGUCAACUCUGUGCUCUGACUCCAUGUACAGUGCAUCUGCCUGUGUUGAAGCAGGAAGCAGGAAGCUGGUGUUGCCUGUGGGCCUGGACCUUGGCCCCCUGUUAUCGGAGCUCGUAUCACAGUACUGGGGUGGUGAAGUGACUGGAGGUGUGAUUUCAGAAGCUAGCAAGCUAACAAAAACGGGUAAUGUUUGAACCAGCAUGAGUCUAGCUGAAAACUGCAUCAGCUUCCUGUACAGGAAGAGGGUAGGGCUAGACUGUUGGGUGGAAGUGCUAAGCCUGUAGCAUACGGUGUACUCGUAGCCAGGGCUGUCAGCAGUGCUCUGGUGAUGUGCAUGUUUCAUACACUCCACCCAGCAACCAGCAAGGCGUAUCAAAGACCCAGCCUUGGGAGGGGCGAGUGUCCUAGAACACUGUAACAGUCAAUCUGUGAAGGAGGGUGAUGCUGAAUCACUGGAUUACCCACAGUUCCCUCUGGCUAAUGUCCUCAGUGAUUAUCCCCCCCCCCUUUUUUUCUUUGGUCUGUCAACUGGAUUAAAAAACAUUUUUUUUACUACAUACGUAGCUACCAAACAGACCACAACUGAACUGUAUUGUCCUGACAAUGCACUGUAUAAUUUGUAUGUAAUGUAUUUAAUGAAAGAAAUGCAUAUAACAAAGAUAUUCAUUUAACAGUU